AUGGAUCGACGAUACUUUGUCAACGAGAUGAACGAUGAUGAGAAUCCCAUCAUAGGUCUAGAACGGAUUUAUACACAUGACCCAACUGCAAAUGGAGAAGAGGAUAACCACUAUAACCUACUUGAGCCCCUGCCGAGAGGAACAGUAAAAGAGAAUAAACAUGUCGCUGCCGUGUUGUGGCAAUAUUUCGAACGGAUUUUUUGCUAUCUUCAUGCAUAUAUCGUAUCCCACUUUACAGGUAAAAACAAGACACCACUUAAAGAUAGAGAAGAUAAAGAACAAGAUGAAGCAAGAAAUAUAGACAUAGACAUAGACAUUGACUGUGCCGAAAAGAGUCCUCUUUUAUCCCCCAACGAUUCUGAUCUCCAGAUCAUCAAUGACUAUGGCAUCACCAAUGACUUUCAUUUGAUAGACAAGACCAACCCAGCUCGAAACUUUCGAGAAAAUAGUAUAUUGAUUGAAGAAAACGAGCAAAACGGGAAAUACAACUCCCUGAUUGACGAUCAAAGUCGACACGUCGUGCUUGCUAAAGACACAAGUAGUGCUUUACGAGCACUUGCACUCAAGAGACUACAAACAACCAAUCGAGAAGCAACCAAAAACCAGUACGGGACGGAUUUGUCCAUCGCAAGAGCCAUGCGUUAUAGCCAGUUAGAUCGAACAUCGCUAACUCACCCCAGAAUACACACCUUCAAAGAUUUUCCAUCUUUUUCAAUUUCCUCAAACAAUCAAGAGUCACAAUCUCCCAUCACAAAGUAUCAAGAAUCCAUACUCAAUUACUAUGCCAAUACCAGACCAAUAUCGUCCCCGGCUCCAUCACUAUUGGAUAACUUAAUCUCCAACAUUUACAAGGACAAGAUCGCCACCACAUUCGAGCAAACACAAGCAAAAGUCCAAGAACUCAUCACCAAAAAGAGACUCGAAGCAGUCGCAGGUGUCAAACCUUUAACCGAUCAGCAAGCGAAUCAAGUCUACCGGGCUUGGAAAUCGGAGCCUCGCGAAUUGGUCAUUGAUAAGUUCAAAAUCAGCUUGAAAGCAGUCGACCUCCAAACUCUACGUGAUGGGAAAUGGAUCAAUGACAAUGUGAUUGAUUUCUAUUUCGCCUUAGCCACGGAGGCAGACGACAAGAUGUUUGCAUGGACGUCGCACUUUUACACCACGUUGGAAGAUAGAGGCUACCAAGGCGUAGCUCGAUGGGCGAAAAAACGUAAAAUAGAUUGUCUUGCGUUGAACAAGUUGUUUGUGCCCGUCAAUAUCCACAACACCCAUUGGGCGUUGGCCGUGGUGGAUAAUGUGGAAAAGACCAUUUCAUACUACGACUCGCUUGACGCUUCGCAGUCGGGGAACAUCCACGCUUGCACAACUUUGCAAGACUAUAUGAACCAAGAAGCUCAGAGGUUGAACAAGCCACCCGUGGCUUAUAAAUUGGUGCCAUCUCUUCCUUGCCCCCAGCAGCAGAAUGGAUUCGAUUGUGGGAUAUUCACGUGUCAAGCGGGCAAACACAUUGCUCAGAACAAGAAAUUCAAUUACACGCAGAAAGAUAUGAAAGUGAUUCGAAGACGGAUGGCUUACGAAAUGAUGACUGCUCAGUUGUUGAGCUGA